UUGAACCCUGGUCCUCUGCAAGAGCAGCCACUGCUCUUAAUUGCUGAGCCAUCUCUCCAGCCCCCAAAACAGCUACCUGAAUAACAGGUUGGUUUUAGUUUUUUGUUUUGGUGUUGGAGGUUGAACUCGGGGCUCCAGCAUGUAAGUUGCUUCAUUUUAUUGGUGAUGAACUGAGGUUUACAAAAGUCACACAGACAAUUACAAGAGCAAAGAUGAAAACAGCUCUAGCCUUGUGUGGUGGUAUGCACCUAUAAUCCCAGCACUUGGGAGUCUAAGAAUGGAGACCAGCCUGGGCUACAUACACAGCCCCUGCCUUAAAAAACCCAAAACAACAAAAAGCAGCAGCAGUGAAUCAUAAGAUGUAACUUUAAGGAAUGUCAGGUUAUGUGGGAUCACUAAUGAGACAAAACUUACAAAAAAGUUAACCUAACCUUAGGUUGCAUUGUCCAGAGCAGUCAGAUCAAAACCUGCUCUAGAACUGAGGAUGUAGCUCAACAGUAGAUCACUUGUACAAGGCCCUGGAUUUGAUCCCCAGAACCACAGAAAAACAAAACUACCUCCUGCAACUUUAAAUUCUAAGCUGAUUCCAAUAAAGCACUUCCCUUGAUCAAAAAAAGGCACGGAUGGAUGAAAUGCCUUCAGACCUAUGAAGGACUUUUAUGUAUAAGGUGAUAUAUGUUCUGAGAUUUUUAUGGAGCAAAUGAUAACCUCUGGUGGAGGCCACCAGAAGGCUAAAGCUAGCUUGACACAGGGAUAAAUAUGCCCAAAGAAUGUUUCUGGAGAUGGUAAGGCAUUCAUAGCUAAUGUUUGGAGAAUGUCAGCUAGGCCUUACUACAAAAGGCAUCCCAAAUCAUUUCCCCUAGGAAAUAGUUCAACCUAUUCUCAUGUGUGAGGAAAGUGAGGUUGAAAGGUUGGGUAGGAGCAAGCUGAGGCAAAGGCCCUUCCCGCCAUGGUUCUUCAGCAUAUGCUAGAGACACAGCAACUGACACCUGUACUUCAGAUGAGCCUAGGGUUAGGGAAAACUACCAGGUAAGUUUGAAGAGCCCUUCUCUAACAAGGAGGAAUUGUGACCUUGCCUAUUCCUGAAGCAGGAUUCUAGUCACCUGCUCCAGUAUAUCAGAACCAGAGCCAGGUAGAAGUUGUGCUGACCAGAGGCUGGUGGAACAAAAUGACAGUCCAGCCCAACAGUACCCUACCUUUAAGUCCUGAGGCCUCGUCAGCUUAGCCCUCCGAGGCUACUUUAAAAGAAAAAGGAAAUGGCUGGACUUGGCAGUGAGGAACAGUGGCCACAGGGUGGCAGUAGAGCUUCAGCUAUGGAGACCUGCUCCUAUGGAGACCUGCUCCUCCGUUCUGGCCAGCAGAUUAAGACUGUCCAUAAAUUAGAAGCCACCACUACUCUGUAAACUCCCAAAUCCCAUCAGUCUCCACCCACAGGAAAAUCACACAGUAGUGAUUCCAUGUUUAACUGUCCCAGAGGUUCCUAAGGCUGGGGAUUCCAUCAUAUGCUGGGGACCAAGCCAGGUCAUCCUAGGCUACAUGUCAAUCCUAGUUCCCGCUCAUCCAGGACAUUAACAUCCAAUCCUUCUGACAAGGUUUGUCAAAUCAGGAACAAGGGGUGAUCAAUUGAAGCUCUCCAACCUGUUGAAGGAUUGGAGGGUUCUUGGAAGCCCCCUCCCCCAAGGCCUAACUCUGACAAACCAUCUGCAAUUAAUGCUUCCUGAGCUCUGGAGACAGGAUUUAUGCAUCUAAUAAAGUCUGUAACUCCAAGCUUAAGGGCUGGGGGUGGGAAGCUGAGAGCAGCAAAUCCCCAGGGGGCCAUGGGAGGGGAUCCCAGGUGGCUCUUAAUAGAGCCAUGCAUUUCCAUUGCCUGUCUAGAUUUCCCCCCCAGGCUGCUGGGGAGGGGGGACGGGACACAGCAGGUAUAAGAGGCUGGUGUGGCGGUGGGGAGGCUGGGUGGCAGCAUGGAUUCCAGGCCAGCUACUGUGCUGCUGCUGCUGUUGCUGCUAAUGGACUGGGGCCAUGCUGAAGAACCAGGGAGCCAUGAUGGAGGAGAGCAGGACUUUUUGGUGAGUGAGCAGACAACCUGUCCGGGCACUAUUUCCCCCAUCUCAGCUGAGACUUGUGCUCUAGGGUUAGAUGUUCUCUGGUUGCUAAAGUCUCCAUUCAAAGGGAAAUGGCUCCUCAGCUCCUACAACUUGCCCCUAGAAGCCACUCCUUUCCCCAUGCCUUCUGAGUCCAGGGUAUUUGCCCAUCUUCCCUCCCUGCCACAGGAGGAAAAUAAUGGAUCCCACUUACCACAGCACGCUGAAACCCCAGGGUCACUCUUGCGCUCCCUGCUCCAGGCCAUUGAGAGACCUGGUCGGAGCUCAGCCUUCCUCUUUCAGCCCCAGAGGUUUGGCAGAAAUGCCUGGAGGUCCUGGAGCAAGGAACAGCUGAGUCCCCGGGCUGGAGAGUUCUGGAGCCUAGCUGCCCCUCAGCGCUUUGGGAAGAAGUAACAGUACCAUCCCCCAUGAUGUUUGCAUACAUGGUCACCAUCCCAUGUGCUGUGUAAGCCCAAAUAAAAUGGUCUGGCUUCUGAA